CCUCGGUUCGGGUCUCCGCAGCCGCGCGUCGCAAUGGACGGCCAGCCGGCCCUGAGCAAGAUCGGCCUCACCGUGCUGGCGUGCAACUCGGCGCUCGCCAUCUGGAACUCCUGGGGCGACGACGCGGGCUCCGUGGCGUUCGUGCUCGCCGCCGACGCCGCGCUCCUGCUGCUCUUCCUCUGCCUCCGCAGGGUCGAGCGCGCCGGCGGGGGCGGCCGGAGCGCCAGGGCGGCGGUGUGGGCGCUGACGACGCUGCUCACGGCCAUGUUCGCGUCCAGGGUCGCGCCGCUCAUGCUGCCGGCCGUCGGCGCCGUUGUCUGGGCGAUGGCGGCGGCCACCGCGGCGGGCGGCUUCUGGGCCUUCUUCCUCAAUUAUCGUCCGCAAGAGCUGCCGCGGUCUUGCCGAACGCGGUGGUCUCAUUCUCCCCGUCGUUUCUUCAGCAGGUAGGCAGGUUGCGUCAGUUUCUUUCCUUUUUUUUCUUGCGUAUAGACGUGUUGGUUUGAAAAAUGUUUAUCUUGCGUGUGUUUCUGGUUUCGAAAAUGUUUUUGUCUUGAGGGUUUACUUGUGGUAGGACCACCGCACCGUGAUUUGCGUAGUUGCUUAUUUGCUUCAAAUCAAAUUCGAAUAAAGUUGGCGCGACUUUCCGGAUGA